UCCUAGCAAAUGAUUGCUUGCUCACACACAGAGUGUAGCGGACAGCGUGUUCAAUGUUUCUCCACAGAACUGACUUAAGCCUUCGCCCCCGAACGAAAUAUCGUGACUUCCACUGAGAUAAAGUCGGUUUUCUUCAAAGGAGAGGAGGGGGAAACGACUAAAUAAUUACAAUGAUCAACACUAUGGAGUGUGCAGUGGAUGCACAGAGUCUAAUUUCGAUUUCUUUACGAAAAAUUCACAACUCCAGGACGCAGAGAGGAGGAAUCAAGCUGCACAAAAACCUCCUGGUCUCUUAUGUGUUGAGGAACGCAAGGCAGGUCUACAUGAACGAGAAGUACGCGGAGAUCUACAGAAUGCAACAGUACGAGGAGGUGAUGACCGUCUGCAACGAAAUCCAGGAGUUAAACCCACUCGACUUGCCCGAAGACUGUGAGGAGCAGAGUGGGGAUUGCUGCGGCAACGUCGGAGCGAGCGAACCGGCGAGUCUCUGCGGCGCGCUACCGCCUGUGUGCCACCUAGCAGCAGUGCAGUCAGCGGCGCACUCUCUCUCACUCCAAAGCGAGGAGGUCUGCAAGGAAACAGAGCCUUCGUUCUACCGAAGCUGUUGUGCCGAAGCUUUCCCUGUUACCAACUGUGACUUUUCUCCAGUGAAUAACAUGCACUGCAACAAAACGACAGUGCUGGAUUUGGACACACACGUAGUGACUACGGUAGAGAAUGGGUACCUUCAUCAGGACUGCUGCGCGUCGCUCCAACAGUGCUGCCAGGGCGCACAGACCCCAUCAAAGAAACGCAAGGUUGACUUCGGUUAUUAUCUUUCAGAUAUCGAGGAGAUUCCGGAUUUUACACCAUGUAAAAGAGCAAAAUUCGAGGACUGCUCAUAUGCAAAUUCGGAACACUUGGACCCGUCAAACAUUUCCAAUCUGAUCUCGAUCUUUGGCUCGGGGUUUUCAGGGCUAGUGAGCAGACAGGCGGACUUUGAGCAAGCCUUAAACGGACAAUUCUGUAGCAAACAAGCCCUAGCGAGCCUCGGGGCAUGGACUAGAGCUAUCGUAGCUUUUUGACUCCAUGGUAAGCUAGAAACAAACACUUUAUGAUAAUUGUACAAAGUCUAAAUCAAAUCGACUUUAUUUUUACAAAAACCUGCUAUUUAAACAUUGAACAGUUUUUAUUUGUUGGGUUUCGUUUUUUACAGGGAGGGAGAGAGAAAGGUUGUAGGCUACCACAUGUGAUGUGCAGGCUUUCCUUUUAAACCGAAAAUGUCGACAUACACAUUGUGAAUUUUAUCAAACGAAGUACAUUUCGUUGCCUUAAACCCAACGCAUACUACUGCUAGCUGUUGUUGCAAACAUUCGAAGUGGUUGAAUGUCUCUUUCGCAAAUUAUGUUCGAGCAUUGCUCUCAUUUAAAAAGUGUAAACACAAUACUUUGAGACACUAUAUACAACGAAAACCCAAUAUCAUGCUAUUGCCCUCUGCACAGUCUAAAAAUGUGUCCAUUACGAUGGCUUAGCUAAAUGGUGUGUUCUGUAAACAACAAAGCACAUGUAUGUAAGGCUUGGCUUCAUAACAUAGGCUAUUAGCCUACAUAUUGUAUAUUGUGUCUCUUGGGAUGAACAUUGAGUAAAGCCUUUACAAGCAGGACCUAUGGCAUGUUUCGAUCACAUAGCCCAAGUUGAGAGCAAUCAAUGUUCAGACCUAAAUUUGAAUCUUAAAGCUCACGAGGGAUACAUCAACUAUGAGCCAUCUCAAUUGGCCCAACUUCUAUCAAGCCAGAAUUGGAACCAUGAAUUACUCCAACUCCCAGAAUGCACGCGGAAUCGAAUCAAUCCAGGUAUUUUUUGACAGUUUUGGUCUGUUGAGCAUAACCCCUCCCCCUUAAUCUUUCACAAAGUUUGACCGAGCCUUUACAGUAAUUCAUGAUGCCAACAUUACUUGGUUUUGUGAGUUUUGUUUAAUUUUCUAAAAAUCUUAGACCUUUUGUUUUAAAAAGGCAAAAUCAUAAUUUAGCCAUACACCCACACAUUAUAUAAGCACUAUGUGUACUGAAAUAACGUUUUCAGGCGUUCUCUCCAUAUUAUGUUGGUAUUUUUGUGCAUAUUAAAUUGUAUAUCACCGGGUAAAACUGUUUUAGAACAUAUUUGUUAAAAAUUUAUAAUCUUAAUAAAAAAUGAAAAUUA